CCAUAUUUGAUAUAGGAAAAACGAGUUUUAGAGAGAAGAAUUAGACGGCAAAAAUGGCUACAACUUCUUCUGUUUCUUCUUCUUAUUCUUCAAUUGAACGGAUCAUGUCACUUCCACAUUCCUCCAUGAAUUUGCGCCAAUAUUCCAAUGUCCCUUCUUUGCUUCGUCUUUCUCCCCAAGCUGCUCCUUCAUCGUUUUCGUCGUCGUUUAGGCCAGCCUCAGGCUUUCGACGUCACAUAGAUUCCAAGAGAUCUCCUAUCUUCAAGAUUAGGGCUUCUGCUGAAGAAGAAGAAACCUCUGAAUCUGUUGCUCGCAUCAGAAAGGUAUUUUCCAAUGUAAAAGACAAGUGGGACGGACUCGAGAAGAAACCCACCGUCUUUCUUUAUGGAGGUUCUGCAAUCCUUGGUCUUUGGUUGUCUUCAAUCGUUACCGAUUCAUUAGACUCCAUUCCUCUGUUACCCAAGUUUUUGGAGUUGGUUGGGCUUGGAUACUUUGGAUGGUUCAUUUACAGAUAUCUUCUCUUCAAGAGUGGAAGGGACGAACUGCGAAGAGAUGUUGAAGCUCUUAAGAAAAAGAUAACUGGGGAGGAAGAGGAAUAGCAGAAGUCAGUUUCUGCAUUGCUGUUUUCUUACAAUCUUAGAGUAGCUGAAAGAACAUCUGAACAAAUAAGCUUCAGCUGGAAGCUUUCUUCUUCUCUAUUGUUCAAUUAAUCUUGUAUUCUCUUGUAUGAAGACCUUUGUACAUUACAAACUAGCAAUCUGAACCCCCUUACAA